GGACGAAAGGACAGGAUGACGGGAUUGGAAGAAGAAGAGCGAUAUUAUACUUCACCCCACAAACCCGCUGCACCAAGUCAUAAGAGACUAAAUUAUUUGGUCAACAUCUUACAGAACAAGUUCUUAAAUAAAGUAAUCAAGCGUCCGAUUCGUCCUUCAGGUUCGCAACGACCUUUCACGAUGGCUGCAAAACGAGUGACAAGGUCUGCCAUUGACUGGACAGCUUUAGCAACAAAGGUCCCAUCAAGACAGAAGGAUGCCUUCCGAGUCCUAAAAUCUCACAGUGAUAAAUAUAUAACCAAGGUGGCAGAUUUGCCUGAGACACUACCCAAGAUUGAUUUCGGGGAGUACAGACGAAGGAUUACAAAUACUGCUAUUGUAGAGGAGUAUGAAAAAUUGUAUGCAGCCCUUGAUGUUCCAUACCCAAAAGAUCCUUCAAAUCAGAAGGCGAAAAUUCAGAGUGAUGAAAAAGUUGCUUUGCAGCAAAAGGACGCCUAUGUUGCUCAGCAGAACUUGCAUCUAAAGGGACUCAACGAACUUUUGGCAACAAUCGAAAGCAUACCUCCCCCAGAGAAGAUGACAAUGCAGAUGUAUAACCAUUAUUUCCCUGACUCAGCUGUCAAUCCUAACAGGGAAAACCCAGGUUUCUUCCCAAUGGAGAUGAACAGUGUACAACACGAUCAUCCUGACUUCGGACCAGAGUACCUUAACACAUACAAGAACAUGAGAGGUUUUGAGACUAUUAAAGAAUGGGAGGAGAUUUGGAGAUUGAAGGUGGAACACCAGAAGGCAGAAAAAGCUAAACAGCUCGCUGAGAAAAAGAGCAAGGAGAGCAAGGAGGCAAAAAGUUAAAUGUAGAGCUCUUACAUAUAUUGAUUCAUAGAAACAAGAAAAAUACAAUAAAUUUCAUUUAGAAAAAAUGAGAAAAGAACUUACUGAUGUGUUAUUACGGAAUAUUGUUUGUUGUGGAAACAUUCAAAGCUUUUCAGACAGUAGUGUUAAGACCAUGUCCUGUCUGUAUAUUUUAUUCUGCUUAUAGAAUAAAUUAUAUCUGUAUUUGGAAGUAUUGACUGUAUUGAAUAAAUUACAAAAUAUUA